CUGCGCAGAGCACUUCCGGAGCUGCGGGGACGACUCUGCCGGAGGAAGCAGCGGGGGCCUGACCCGCGUCCGCCGGCCGCCUCCGCUGCCGCUACGCCUCAGUCAGACUCUUUUGGUCUGGCUUGACCUGGUCUGGCCGGCCUGAGUUCUGCGGCCGCGAGGUCGCGGCUCCCGAUGGAAAUCCUAUGACACAGACAGUUUGGGUGAUAUCUGCAGGAAAGAUCUUUAAGCAUUACAGAAACAAAAAAACGCUAAUGCAUUUGAGAAAACGAUAAAAGUCGGGGAUAGGGAAAAAAGCAACCGCUUUCCUGAUUUGCAGCUUGGCUGGAUGUUACGAUGUCCGUGGACAUGAACAGCCAAGGGUCUGACAGCAAUGAAGAGGACUAUGACCCAAACUGUGAGGAAGAGGAAGAGGAGGAGGAGGACCCUGGGGACAUAGAGGACUACUAUGUGGGAGUAGCCAGUGAUGUGGAGCAGCAGGGGGCUGAUGCUUUUGAUCCCGAGGAGUAUCAGUUCACUUGCUUGACCUAUAAGGAGUCGGAGGGUGCCCUCCAUGAGCAUAUGACCAGCUUAGCCUCUGUCUUAAAGGUAUCUCAUUCAGUUGCAAAACUUAUAUUAGUUAAUUUCCACUGGCAAGUCUCAGAGAUUCUGGACAGGUACAGGUCUAAUUCUGCUCAGCUGCUUGUUGAGGCUCGAGUUCAACCUAAUCCAUGCAAACAUGUCCCCACAGCCCAUCCCCCUCACCACUGUGCAGUGUGUAUGCAGUUUGUGCGGAAGGAAAACCUGCUCUCUCUGGCCUGCCAACAUCAGUUUUGCCGAAGCUGUUGGGAGCAGCAUUGCUCAGUACUUGUUAAAGAUGGUGUUGGUGUAGGAAUCUCGUGUAUGGCUCAGGAUUGUCCACUUCGCACACCGGAGGACUUCGUAUUUCCCUUGCUACCCAACGAAGAAUUGAGAGAUAAAUACAGGCGCUACCUCUUUAGGGACUAUGUGGAGAGUCAUUACCAGCUCCAGCUGUGCCCUGGUGCAGACUGCCCCAUGGUUAUUCAGGUACAGGAGCCUAGAGCUCGCCGAGUGCAGUGCAAUCGGUGCAACGAGGUCUUCUGUUUCAAGUGUCGACAGAUGUAUCACGCUCCCACAGACUGCGCCACAAUCCGGAAAUGGCUCACCAAGUGUGCAGAUGACUCCGAAACGGCUAACUACAUUAGUGCUCACACUAAAGACUGUCCCAAGUGCAACAUCUGCAUCGAGAAGAAUGGAGGCUGCAAUCACAUGCAAUGCUCCAAGUGUAAGCAUGACUUCUGCUGGAUGUGUCUAGGAGACUGGAAGACCCAUGGUAGUGAGUACUAUGAAUGUAGCCGGUACAAGGAGAAUCCUGACAUUGUCAACCAGAGCCAGCAAGCACAGGCCAGGGAGGCCCUCAAGAAGUACUUGUUCUACUUUGAGAGGUGGGAAAAUCACAACAAAAGCUUGCAGCUGGAGGCACAAACAUACCAGCGGAUUCACGAGAAGAUUCAAGAGAGGGUUAUGAACAAUCUGGGAACGUGGAUUGACUGGCAGUACCUGCAGAAUGCUGCCAAGCUGUUAGCCAAGUGUCGAUAUACCCUGCAAUACACCUAUCCAUAUGCAUACUACAUGGAAUCCGGUCCCAGGAAGAAGCUGUUUGAAUACCAGCAGGCUCAACUGGAGGCUGAGAUCGAAAACCUUUCAUGGAAGGUUGAGCGUGCAGACAGCUACGACAGAGGGGACUUGGAAAACCAGAUGCACAUAGCAGAGCAGCGGAGAAGAACCCUGCUAAAGGAUUUUCACGACACCUAAACUGGGCUGUGGAUGUGCCGGGGUGAGGAAGAUGUAGCUGUGAGGCCACCCGGCUACCGUACUGCAUGCUGCAGACUCUGCCUUUCACGACCCAGGCAACAGCCAGGGCCCCACUCCUGAAAGACACUGGCAACACACCUCUUAGUCGAUUUGUUUUUUCCUCAUCUUUUUGCUUUUUGUUUCUACCAGGGUAGAGGCCAUGUUAAAUUAAGCUGGCCUCUAGUGAGGACUUUAAAUUUCCCCUGGAUGGUUGUUGGGCGGGAGGGAACUUUUUUUUUCUGAAUGGCUAUUAAUAGUAUUAGAUCAUUACAACUUAUGUAAUUUUCAAAGGUUGUACGAUUAUAAAGAAAAGAGGCAAACCAUAGAUAACACAGAGCCCGAUUAAAAUAAAUUGGCAUUGGAGUGCUUCACCCUUUAGCUAUUUGACUUAGAAUGUAACUUGAUACUGCCCACCCAGCCUCAGCUUGUCUGCACUGCCGGGGUCCCUGGGGUGGCCUCUGCUUUCCAGCAUCAUGUUUGACUGGAGCUGGAGUCCUGGGGAAGAGCACGGGUGGCAGAAUAGGGAACUGAGUUGGCCUGCAUAAUAGGAUACAGCACAGAGUUACAUACCUCUGGCCUUAGCUGGAUAGCCAAGGCACAGAGCAGAGCAAGGUCUCACUGCAAGCUUGCUUUUAUUCUUGAAUGUGAGGUUUCCCUGAGUCAGGCCACCCAGACCAGCAUCCACAGCAGAGGUGAGCUAAUGCACCUCUGGACUGGGAGACUGGUUCAGCAUGGUGCUUCCUUUUGUUUCAUAAAGAUAAGAAAUCCACCUUUGAAAGUCGUUGUUCCCCCAGAUGAGUUUCCUUUUCCUUGGUCGUUCCUUUUGAUCCAGUAUUCAAGUGGUGUACUCUGACCCAAGUCACUGUCUUGUGUUCUUAUGAACAGAGUUCACAAGGUCAGAGUUCAGCAUGGCUCUUAGACCAAGGGCAUGGGCCUUGUGGCUCAAGAGCUAGGUUUGCACAAGUUAUUUUUAUGUUCACCUAGAGUGUGGCCAGAAGCUGCUCCAGGGUGGGGUGUGUUUCCCUUUGCCUAGUUGCAGUUGCCAGAAGUCCCCAUCUCUGUGGUCUGGGAGUCUGAGGCCAGGAGAAUCCCUGGUUUGUGGUCUCAGUUCCUAUACUAGAAGGGGCUGGCCAGAAGAAAGGACCAGUUCUUGCACAGUCAAGUGCAAGGGAACAGGCAGCUUGCCUGGUGUCCUUCCUAUCCUGAACCUGGUCCUGUGGGCCUUUGAAAAGUUAGAUCUGUGAUCUCUGGGGUUUCCUUGGCUUUGUUCAGUGCCUCCCCUCUGAGACUGGCAGAGCUGUCUAUACUUGACAGGACCUCCUUGAACUCCUAGGAGAGCCUAUAGAGAAAUCUGUGAAUAUUAUGAUGCAGAUUCUUUGAUAUUCAUACAUUUUCACCUCCAGUCAGCAGUUUCCUAGGUACCAUGUAAAGCUGUAAAAUUGAGUUAUUCUUGAAGUCAGGUGACAGCUGUGACUCUUGGGUACAUGACCAGCUGCACAUCCUCUUUCACCUCCUCAGGUUUUGUCUCUUCAUGUCGUCCUGACAAGUGAGAUUGUGAGGUGGAUUGGGAAUAGUAGUUUGGGGUAUGGUGAAUGGACCCAGAAUACCAAUGGGAGUUGAUUGUGUACCUGCUGCAGAGUCCAGGGUGGCCUGUGAUGCUGUAUUAGUGUACACAGACCUUUCCAUCAAGUCCUGUUCGUGGCACUGCCAUGACAGGACCAGAGUUGCAGCUCUGCAGCCUGACUCCCCCUUGGGUACUUUUUGAACUGCACAGCUGCCAUCAUCCACUCCUCAGCUGUGACCCUGACCCUUGGCACUGCAGGAGGCUCUGCCAACCUGUAGCUGGUGGCACCUCACCUGUGGAGACCUUUGUUUUGCACCCUCAGUGGUUGUCCUUUGUUAAUGUUAUCAGAACAUCUGAAAGGUCAAGCAGAGGUAGGGUUUGGUUUGGUUUGGUAUAGUUUGGUAUUUUUGCCCUACAAAGGGUAGAGAAAGGUGUUUUCAUGAACUGACCAGAUCCUUGUCUUUCUUCAAAGAAAAGUUGAGGUCAUGUCAUCUCACAAAGUUAAGUUGAGUGGUUUAUUCAAAAUAAACUCAUUUUCUGAUUAUAAAA